GGGGCUAAAGGUCCCAAAGCCACCUAAGGGUCAUGAGAAAUACCGUUGUGGAAGGCGCCAGAUUAAUAUUAGCCACCUGUGGUUCUCUGCCACGUACCGAAACCUCGGUACACUAGCGUUUUUGCAUUCACCUCCCAUCGAAAUGUGUGCACUACUGUCUGAAGUAGAGCUUUCACCUCCAAAUUAACGAGGUGAAAAGCGCCUGCAGCGGUUUCAGCCAAAUGGUUGACAGCACCUCGACCGCGUCAUCCUAGGAGAUGCGAGUAAAAUUCUACUAAAACCUAUUACCGUUGCCCAUUAUCCUAUUAUUGCAAGGACUUAGUUCAUAAGAAGCCCCAGCGCGGACUAAUUUGUUACUAGCGUGAAUUUUAGGAAGUGUAUAUUUCGGAAGAGUCGUGCGCAGUAAGUCAUCGCCGUGGCGAUCGUCUCGUUACGACACCCUUCGCUAUCACGAAUGUUGGGCGCCUGAACAGUGGUCAAUUAAGAAACGUUCUUACGUAAGAUAAAUUUUGUAAAUAUGAGCUGUAGUUACUAAAAUGUGGCGUAUGGUUCAAAAAUAUAUCGAGUAACGAAGCUUUGUAGUUUCCUGUCUUUGCGACUGACUCAACCAGGUGGCUGCGCUUCGCGGUGCAACUGUUGACGAAAGCUGUAUUUUGCUCCAAUGUUAUUAGAUAGUGGUGGUUUAGUGACAGAUCAGCAAAGGGAAACACAUGUGCAGUACUGUUGGAGAGUAUUGGGCAUUGUACCCAAAAACAAAGCCAGCAGCGGCGUCGGAGCCACAUGGAGAACAAUGCGCGCGCCCGGGGCUGGCUGGACGGGCGUGUAUAAAUAGCGCGCAACCUCACUACUAUAUUUCACUGAUUCGCUUUACUCAAACCAUAUAUAUAUAUAUAUUAUGUUGCGAUAGAGGUGGUAGCCUACGUGCUCAUCUUACUGGUAAAUGAACGGCUUUUAAGCACGCCUCUUCUAAUAAGCCACGUGAAGCUUUUUCACUCUCGGGUAUGACUCACUCACAUGGCGGCACGCUAUUGUUUCCGGACAUCGCUUCAGUGCAGGUGCAGUACUUACAAUGAGCCUUGUCUAAAUGAGAAUGAAAGUGAGGACAGCUUCCGCACAAGGAAACCAACGAAAGAAAGCAAAAACAUAAAACCCCCUUGGUGUUGUACACUUCGGCUGAGCCAGUCGAACAGCUAUUGGCGACACGUCAGCGUUGUGUGACUCGUUCUGCGAUCGCAAAGGGGGUUGCUAUUCUGCUGUUCGCUUUGUGCUCUUUUUUACAUGCCUCAGAAUGAGCCGGGAAACGCGCGGCCGUACUUACAGCCCCGUCAGUUCUGUGAAAGGCCAAGUCCGCCCGAAUACCAACGUGGGAUGCGGCAGCAAGUACAGCAGGAAGGCAUAUCUUUCUCCAAUGCGUUGUAUGAGGAAGUGCGGACAAGGCUUUUCUCCUGCACCGCGUUCCUCGACGUGGAAGGGGAAGUGAAAACGAUGGGGGAUUUGGGCGGUUGCGCUACUACAAGAAGACCCUGCUAGAUAUGGUGCGGCGCAUCCUCAGUUAUUUCCUCACUGUGCUCACGCUGCGCCUGCGCUCCUUCUUUUGCUGGUGCCCGUCGUCGAGGCAGAGUCUGGACGAUGCCGAACGGCGAGUCCUUGGCUCGAUGGGGAAACAAUACAGCGGAUACUACGUGGACGUGGGGCGCAUCAGCGACAGCCCGCCGCGUAGCAGCCGCGUGUGGACGAUCCAGCUGGAGCCGGACGAGGAAGCCGACGGGGCGCUGCCGCUAGUGCUCGUGCACGGCUACCUGUGCGGCGCGGCGCUCUGGGUGCUCAAUUUGGAGGCGUUGUCCCGCCGCCGGCGCGUCUAUGCCAUCGACCUUCUCGGGUUCGGCAAAAGCUCGAGGCCCGCGCUGUCCAGCGAUGCGGGGAUGGCGGAGGCCCAACUCGCUCAAGCUCUGGAGGGGUGGCGUUGCCAGAUGGGUCUGGAGCGGUUCGUGCUGCUGGGUCACAGCUUCGGCGCCUUCGUGGCAUCCGCCUACACGCUACGGCGGCCCGAACACGUGGCUCACCUGAUCCUCGAGGACCCGUGGGGAUUCUCCGAGAGCCGCGUGCCCGACAAUGCUUUUCAGCUGCUGCCCUGGCUUGUCGCCGCCUUCACACGUGGUCUCAAGUUCUUUAGCCGCGCCGACAUUUGCACGUUGUUGCGCGCUGGAGGCAUGCUCGGGCCUCUCUUUCUCGGGGUCGUGCUGGCGCACGAAACCAACAUGUUCCGCAAAAUUGUGCAGGACGAGACUGCCGUCGUCAGCUAUUUCUACCACUGCAACGUGCGAAGACCCACCGGCGAGGCUUCUGUGAAGGCGUUGAUGCACAGGUUUCCGUGGGUGAAGCACCCGAUGGUCACCAGGCUCGUGGCACUCCCACCCGAAGUAGGGCUCACCUUCAUCUAUGGCGCACACAGCUUCAUGGGUCGAAAGCCUGCAUUCGCCAUCCGCGAUGCCAGAACACAGUCCUUCGUCCAAGUUCACGUGCUUGAAGAUUGUGGACACAACCUGCACUACGAGAAGCCAGAAGAGUUUUGCGACGUGGUCAACAAGGCGUGUGAACUUGUCGACGAGAGGCUACAUCAGAAGAUAGACUAAAAGAAACCAUCAACUAAGAACUCGGUUCCUUGUCGAACCACGUAGGCGCCGAGAAAGAAAAUUUGUACAGUGCAUUUACAAAACAUGCUAAUGUGCCGGUCACCUGCAGCAUAUUUGUUUCUGCUUGUCGUUAAAAGGUAUCACACUAGUGUGGAGGAGAAGCAAAGUGCUGUGUAAAUUGUUUUUCCCGCAGCUUCUCAUGACGCAUUGUAGCGCGAAAUUGUUUCUCCCUCUUACUUGCAGAAUUCCUUUGACCAUGUGCGGGGCUUCGAAACGCUUAAAGCGCCCACCGUAUUACUGUCACACAGGCAGAGUACGUGGUAUAAGCGUUAUACCGGCUUUGUUGAAUUAAAAAAAAAAGGAAACGAAAAAGUUGUGAAGAUUUAGAACAUGGUCCCCAAACGGCUUUGCGUUGCGCGAAAUCCGAGCUGCUUCGUAUGCCUUUCGCGUUUUUUUUUUUUUUUUUUGUGCGUGUGGGUGAUAGCGAUUCCUAAUGCUGGGUUCCUAUUUCUAAAACACCCUAGUGUCUGUUUAAACAAUGCAAAACAGGCAGUUAUACUUCACUAAAGGUUCUGCCAUUGUAGAUAUUAACUAGUUUUGUUUACUUUAUUUUUUAAAUAACCGCCUAACUUGAUGAACUGAGCCCUAUUCGACAUGCCUAGAACCUGGUUUAUGUUCUAUAGGUUCAUAGCUGGAGUACGUGAAGAAGCCUUCUUUUUGUAGCAUUUGUUGAUCUUGUAACACUAACUGUAGUUCAGACGCUUUAGCACAAUGUUUUCUUUUUUUUUUUCGUUUGGACGUAGCACGUUCAUUUGCAUUGUAAAUGUGUGUUGACUGAGACCAAUUUAUUUUUUCGCACUGGUUUAAUUUUGCGGCGUUGAUGCUUUCGUUUGGGUGUGCAACGUUGUCUUGUAUUUUUUUUUUUUUUGCGAAAUAUUGCUUGAUCAGUUUCACAAGGAUCAUUCGCUCAUGCUGCAGUGUCGGCGGAAGCCGGCCCUGCUCAUGAUCAUGUACAUAUUUAUUGUCAUUGUGGUUUUAAUGCUUGUUCAUAGUUUGCUAUUUGUCGCUGUGAAGAUAGCUGCUGAAAAUUCAGUGGUUGUUGGAGGGCCCCGUAACAAUCCUGACUGCUUUUUGUGUGCAUCAUGUUUUCGCAGACGAAAGGAUGAAAAUUUCUCGUAGCCCGCGUUCUCUGUGUGUCCCCUGUCUCUGCUGUGUGUCUGUCCUGUCUCCGUGCGUACCCUGUCCCUGUGUUAUCUCUGUCUCUGCGCGUCCUCUGUCUCCGUGUGUCCUGUCUCCAUGUGUCCUGUCUCCAUGUGUGCUGUCUCCGGUUGUACCCUGUCUCCGUGUGUACCCUGUCUCCGUGUGUACCCUGUCUCUGUGUGAACCUUGUCUCUGUGUGUCCUCUGUCUCAAUGUGUCCCCUGUCUCAGUGUGUGCACUUGUUCACUGUUUGUCCGCCGUCUCGAAGCACUGUGUGCUUUGUAUGUGUUAAAGGACCUUGCCUUUCAUGAGGUAUUGAGGAACCUCGGCGAGGUCUUAAAAAUGUCGGAUGGAAUGUAAAAUCGCCCGUGAUCAUGCAGAAAAGCAAACAAAGGUCCAUGGCGUUUAAUUAUUGCAAUUUUAGCGAAUAAGUACUCGAUUUGUGGACCUCAGUGUUAGCAUUUUCUUGCCCAGCGCACACGCGCCCUUUCUUUUAGCUCUAGCGUGUGCUUCUUUGCAAUGGUUUAUUUUCUUUCAGCGAACUAUCUGUGCUUAAGUAUUCUGUGUUGCACCUGUCUGCGCGUCGCGCGUCACUGUUCUCGCAUUUUUGUUAAUUGUGUGGCAGAACGAACUCAAGUAUUUAUAAAUUUUUUCAUUAUUCGUGUACAAAUGUAAAUACUUUGAAUUCUGACACUUGACGCUGUGAUUCGACGUUUAUUUAUCGUGGAUGUGCGACAAUAAAGCAUUGCUGAUGAGA